AUGUCGACCCAGACCGAGACUACAACGCCCAAGGCGGAAGACGAUACGGGCCAUCUUUCGACUGCUUCAACCAGUAACAGCGACAAUCAAGCUACCGGAAAGAACGAUACUGUUGCAGUUGUCCAUGAUGGGAAAACCGAGUUUUUUUACCUGGAGGGUUGGAGACUGUGGGCAAUUAUGGGCACUCUCUAUUUGAACACUCUGCUCGCCGCAUUGGACGUCGGUAUCGUUGCUACAGCAAUCCCUGCCAUCACGGAUGACUUUCAACAAUUGAACUAUGUCGGAUGGUAUGGAGGCACCAUUUUCCUCACCCUCAGCACUACCUCGCCUGUAUGGGGCAAACUGUACAAGUACAUCUCAGCCCGAUACGUAUACCUUGUCUCCAUCGUUAUUUUCCUGGUUGGAAGCAUUGUGGCGGCAACCGCAAAGAGCAGUAUCCCCUUUAUUAUCGCCCGUGCCCUUCAGGGAUUGGGAUGUUCCGGUAGCAUAGGCGGUUCUGUCCUUAUGAUCAACUAUGUGGCGCAUCCGGCGAAACAGCCAAUGUUAAUUGGUCUUUGGGCAACUGUUUAUAUGAUCUCAACCAUUGUCGGCCCCCUUAUUGGCGGCGCCUUCACCUCCCAUGUUACAUGGCGAUGGUGUUUCUGGAUCAACUUGCCAGUCGGAGGCCCUGUGCUGGUUGCUGUGCUCCUCUUCUUCCACGUGCCAAAGCACGUCCAUUACCCAAAGGUCUCAUGGAAAGAAGUUAUUCUACAGCUCGAUCUCCCGGGGUUUGCAUUUAUAUUCGCUUCGCUCGUUUGCUUCACCCUUUCCUUGCAAUGGGGUGGCCUGACGAAGCCCUGGAGUAACGGCAGUGUCAUCGCUACAUUAGUCAUGUGGAUUGUCCUGACAAUUGGAUUUUUUGUUGUUGAGUACUUCCAAGGUGAACGGGCCAUGAUACCAUUGAGAUUACUGAAAACCCGCCUGCAGUGGACCAACACCUUGUACGCCUUGAUGGUCAACUGUGCAGAAUUCCAGGUUCUGUUUUAUCUCCCCAUCUUCUUCCAAUCUGUCCACGGUCAGUCAGCUAUCGCUAGCGGAGUCAACACCCUCCCAUUUAUAGCUUUAUUUGCGGUGGGUUCAAUGAUGAGUGGCGGUAUUAUCGGAAAAACGCGCAUCUUCCAACCCUUCAUGUUUGUGGGCGGAUUACUAGCUACAGUUGGCGCGGCCUUGCUUUACACUGUUGAUAUCAACUCUUCCAAGUCUCGGUAUCUUGGUCCGCAGGUUAUUUUUGGCUUCGGCAUUGGCCUUGGCUGCCAGGUUCCACUGAUGGUGCUCCAAAGCUUCACUAGCGCGGAAGACGUCGCUUCGGUCACAAGUAUCAUCGUUAUGAUGAAUUCCCUUAGCGGUGGAUACUUUGUCACAGGAGCUGAAUCUGUUUUCGACAACCGUCUCCUCGAAUCACUUGCCGUCACUGCGCCCAAUAUUGAUACAAGCUUGGUACUGGCCACAGGCGCAACGGAGCUUCGUGAAGUUUUCCACGGCCAAGAGCUAACUGCUAUUCUUGCAUCUUACAUGGUAGGAGUAAAAGACGUCUUCGCCUGGUCCCUAGCCGGUGCAGCAUUCACUGCUUUAUUGGCCCUUGUGGUUCCUUUCAAGAAGAUGCCUCCCGUUGAAGAGCCUGUUAAAGAGAAGACUGAAGAUGUGAAGGAGGAAACUGCUUAA